AUGCAACCGGGAACCAGCUGGCUUGUGUACUCACACAAGCCAACAAAAGAGGAACAGAAAAUCAUUGACCAAGGUGUUGCCACAAUCACUCAGAAGAACCCCGACGCUCUUGGGGACAAUCCGUUUGUUUCACCUGAGGACCUUGACGGAGUGGACAAGCAAACUUUUGAAGACUCACGUCCAGUGACAAAUGUCACUGCACGGCUUGUACAUUCUGGUGCAAUGGCCGGAAAUCUUAUCCGCAGCAAGGAAAUUGACAAUCGGGCCAAGCAGGCCUUCACACCCAUAGCAGUCAAAAAAGAACUGCAAGAACCAGUCUCUGAACCAAAAGAAGAUGUGCCCAAUUCCCUUUCAAUCAAAAACCGCACAGAUGAAUCACAUAAAGCGACUCUCGUUGUAGAAUUGAGUGAUGGUUCUACUCCCCCUGAACCAAUCCUUCUUGUCACCCAAUCACCCUGUGCUCCACCGCCUAACUUAAGUGGACACCUUCGCCUGCGUAUCAAGCAUCCCGCGCCUCAGUCCAGUCCAAUCAAAUCACCUUCAUCUUCCCCGCAGAAGAAAUCAUCUACAAAAGGUACUAAGGCCAGCAAACACACUAAUAAAGGGCAAGGAGAAGAAAAACUUCCACUGGGAGGUGGCAACCAAGGCACAGAGCCUAAAUCUAAACACAAGGCUAAGGCUGUUGGGAAGAAGAGAAAAUAG